AUGUCCGUGGUUGCAAUUAAAAACGCUGUGUCAAAACUCGUAGCGAAAAAUCAGGAAGUUCCAUUACUAUCAUCCGAUAGUUCUAAUUCCAAUUCGAAUUCUACCACUAAUUUGAAUAGUCAUCGAUACUCGGCUUCACCACAGGAUGGCGAUAUAGAAUCCUCAAAGCAUACAGGUGGGUUUGACGAUUAUGACAAUGAGGAUGAUGGUACGUCUGGAUUGUUCGGUAAGAUUGAUCCAAGAGUUAUGUCCGAUAUGAUUAUCGGACUCAGUGAUGGUUUGACGGUUCCUUUCGCGUUGACCGCAGGUCUUUCCUCGUUGGGAGAUUCCAAGUUGGUGAUUACAGGUGGGUUCGCGGAAUUGAUCUCUGGUGCUAUAUCUAUGGGUCUUGGUGGUUAUUUGGGUGCUAAAUCUGAAAGUGAUUACUAUAAAUCGGAGGUGUCGCAAGAAAAAAGGAAAUUUUAUAGCAAUACUCAGCUAAUAAACCAUGAAAUUGAAGAUAUACUAAUGGAAAUGAACCCAGAAUUCUCGGAAAAUACAGUGAUAUCGUUUGUGAAAGAUAUGCAACGAGACCCAGAACUUAUGGUGGAUUUCAUUAUCAAAUACGGAAGAGGUUUAGAUGAACCCGAUGAUAAUAGACAAUGGAUUAGUGCACUAACGAUCGGAGGAGGAUACUUUGCCGGUGGGUUCGUCCCGUUAAUACCAUAUUUCUUUGUUGAAACGGUGGGAACCGGUCUCCUGAUCUCUAUUGCAUUAAUGACUUUCACGUUGUUCUGGUUCGGAUAUUUCAAAUCCCAAGUCUCAAUGAACGAUUGUACCCUGCAGAAAAAGUUACUGGAAGGCUUACAAAUGAUAGCAGUCGGUGGGACUGCUGCAGGUGCAGCUUGGUUCUUCGUUAAGGUCAUCGAAUGA